AUGUCAUUCGCGUUGCUGGAAGACGACGACGAGGCCUUCACGGAGGUUCUGGCGCUGCUAGAUGACUCUGCAUGGACUGCGUUUGAGGCCGCGCACCCCAUAACGAAAACCACGAGUAAACAUCGCAAUGGAGCACGCGAAAUGCGACGUCGAGAGGUGCUAUUUCUCCGCACAUGUGCUAGAGGGCUGGAAACGCAAUUGACUGCCUUGAAAGAGGGCGCCGAGAAGCGCGCACAGCUGCGAAAUGGUACGCCAAACUUCAGUGGCCAAUCGUCCGCUCUUUUGAGCGUGUGGAAGGAUUUGGCGACGCGGCAAUUGGACCAACGACUAACGUCUGAAAGAGAGAACACUAGACUCAAAGGUGCACUGGAAGACCAAAAGAAAGUGCGCGAAAUGCUGCAGCGAGCGUUAAAUACGCGCGUCGCACGACGGGUGAUGGAGACGAGUUUAGCACAAGAAAAACGGACCAGAAGAGUGCAUGGAUUGCCUCUAGAACUGUCAGAUCAAGAGGUUUUCGAGGAACUGGAAGUAGGGGUGGAUUCUGUGUACCACGAAGCAGCGAGGGUUUUCUUUCAAGCAGACACGGGGGACGGGACGUGUUUAGGAGUUUUUGGAGAGAAGACACUGCCAUUUAAUCUUCAGACAACCGCAGAAGCUGCGUGGAGGUGUCUGGCUCACGCGUUUCAGCAGGAAAAGUAUCAUUUCUCAUACGGUCGAGAGAGAAAGAAAUAUGACUCUGAAGACGUGGCACAUGACGAUACAGUGUGUGAAAGCUUCGGUGUGGAGAUUAAAGCACCGGAACGGAUGGCAGACUUCCGGAUUAAGCAAGUGUUCCGUCGAUAUCGCGAGGCUGACCGGAUCGUGAUCGCGUGGAGGUCAUAUAUUGAUCCGGCAGAGUUUAAAGGUCAGAAACUCGAGGGUUUCCGCUUCCAAGAGAAGGGAUCGUGUGAAAUCCGACACCCUCACGCAACAAAACUUCUUACGGCUAGUAACGAGUUCACUCAUCUGCGUAUCUGGCAUGUCAUUACCCCAGAGAGUCUGGCGAACACAAAUGGGACUAAAAAUAGUUUUCAAUUUGUUCAGGAUCUGACCGAUUUUGUGUUGGGCGGCUCGUCAUCUGCAAGUACUGUGCAAAUGAUUGAGAAUAUGCUGAUUGAGCAGAGUAGACGAAAUAGUGCACAUUGUGUAGUGUAA